GACCGCCCCCACCCCGCCUCCAAAGCUAAGUGGCGGGCUUAAGCGGGAAAGGCUCCGGACCGCGCUCUACUCCUAAUCCUACUCGGGGGCCCUGUUCUCCGCUGCCAUGGGGCCCUGCAUGCCUCUCCUCACCAUGUUCCUUUUGUCAUGGUGGCUGCGACCCCUUCAAGGACAGCAGCACCACCUCGUGGAGUACAUGGAACGCCGACUAGCUGCCUUAGAGGAACGGCUGGCCCAAUGCCAGGACCAAAGUAGCCGGCACGCUGCCGAGCUGAGGGACUUCAAGAACAAGAUGCUGCCGCUGCUGGAGGUGGCCGAGAAGGAGCGUGAGGCCCUCAGGACUGAGGCUGACACUAUCUCGGGGAGAGUAGACCGUCUGGAGCGGGAGGUUGACUAUCUGGAGACCCAAAACCCAGCUCUACCCUGUGUGGAGGUUGACGAGAAGGUGACCGGAGGCCCCGGGAUCAAAGGCAAGGGCAGAAGAAAUGAGAAGUACGAUAUGCUGACAGACUGUGGCUACACGAUCUCUCAGGUGAGAUCGAUGAAGAUCCUGAAGCGGUUUGGUGGCCCAGCUGGUCUAUGGACAAAGGAUCCAAUGGGGCCAACAGAGAAGAUCUACGUAUUAGAUGGGACACAGAACGACACAGCCUUUGUCUUCCCAAGGUUGCGGGACUUCACCCUGGCCAUGGCUGCCCGGAAAGCUUCCCGAGUCCGGGUGCCCUUCCCCUGGGUGGGCACCGGACAGCUGGUGUACGGGGGCUUUCUUUAUUACGCCCGGAGGCCUCCCGGAGGACCCGGAGGGGGAGGGGGGCUGGAGAACACGUUGCAACUCAUCAAGUUCCACCUGGCCAACCGAACGGUGGUGGACAGCUCCGUGUUCCCCGCGGAGGGGCUGAUCCCCCCAUAUGGGCUGACAGCUGACACCUACAUUGACCUGGCCGCGGACGAGGAGGGCCUGUGGGCCGUCUACGCCACUCGGGAAGACGAUAGGCACUUGUGUCUGGCUAAGUUAGACCCCCAGACUCUGGACACGGAGCAGCAGUGGGACACACCGUGUCCCCGAGAGAACGCCGAGGCUGCCUUUGUCAUCUGCGGGACCCUGUACGUCGUCUAUAACACCCGCCCUGCCAGCCGGGCCCGCAUCCAAUGCUCCUUUGAUGCCAGCGGCACCCUGACCCCAGAGAGGGCAGCGCUCCCCUACUUCCCCCGCCGGUACGGGGCCCAUGCCAGCCUCCGCUACAACCCCCGAGAGCGCCAGCUCUACGCCUGGGAUGACGGCUACCAGAUUGUCUAUAAGCUGGAGAUGCGAAGGAAAGAGGAAGAAGUCUGAGGACCCAGCUCUGGGUUUCGGAUCUCUGUCACCUCCGCACAUUUCUACCCCCAUCACGUUUCCUGCUCCUCGUCCAGAUGUGGCAGGCCGCCGCUCCCGCCGCAUCUGCAGCCAGUGAAAGCCACCUUCUCAAGGCCCCCUCGUUUCCUGUGGGACUUUAGAUCUUGAGAGCUCCUUUCCUAGCGGAAAGAGGGAAAACCUUAAGUGUUCUCUCCCCUCCUGCCCCAGGGCAGUGCCUUUCAGGCCAGUCGGAGGUCUCGCAGAUCCACAGCUCUGGCCCUUGCAGGUGGGCAACCCCAGCAAAGGGGCAGCAGAAUAUUUCCAGCCUCAGUGUUAGUAGGGGGCGGGGAGAGCGAGUUCCGGAGGAGGGAACCCUCACCUGUGGCUGCCCCUGAAGUGCCCGGAGAACCUGGGCUUCCUGCGCAUCAUUUUGUAUUGCCGCCUUUUGCAUUAAAAGGAAAAUCCACUGC